UAGCCUCUCUCUCUCUAUCACAUUUUCACCACUAUUUCCUCGCAAUGCCCAGCUCUCACUGUUCAACACUCUCUCCACAAACCCCACAAAUGCGUUUCUUUUGCUUGUAAAUUUUGUUUUUCUCAAAUGGGUCUGCUCAAGCUUUCAUGGGUGCUUUUCUGGGUUCUCUUUCUUUUGAGUUUCAGAGCACUCUGUGAUUCCUCAGAGGUCACUGUGAAGUUCUUGAAGGCUCCCCGAGCAUUCUCGCAUCUCAACUCAUCCGCAUUUGUCUUUAAAGUUUUCCUGGCUGGGGGAAAUGGCCCUUGCACAAACUGUAGUGUCACUUGUAAGCUGGAUGAUGGCGUUACUUCAGGUUGUGAAGCUACUAGGAGGGUUUCGUAUGCAGGCUUGCAGGAUGGAAAUCAUACAUUUGAGGUUUGCACCAACGGGUCUCGAGGAAUUGGCUGUGCUAGCUAUAAAUGGAGUAUUGAUACAGUCCCACCUACAGCAUAUAUCACAGCCUCAACACCUUUCACAAAUGCUCUUAAUGUUUCUGUAAAUAUAUCUUUCAGUGAACCCUGCACUGGUGGAGGAGGUUUUGGAUGUUCAUCUGUGAAUGCCUGCAACGUUUUGGUCUAUGGUGCUGGCCAAGUUAUACCGUCCUCGCUCAACAUUCUGGAGCCAAACCUCAAAUAUUCUGUUCUUGUGAAUUUAUCAUCUACUACUCAGUAUGGGCGAGUGAUAGUGGUAAUGGAUAAGAAUUUUUGUACCGACAGUGCUGGGAAUGAAUUUACAAGAACUGCAAAUUCGAGUUUCUAUGUGCAUGUUGAUAGAAGAAGUGUGUUUGUCAACCUGAGGAGUCACAUUCCUGAAAGGCUACUUCAACUUAAUGGUGAAACUAGACUGGUGCAGGCCACUAAUAGCUAUGAUAAACUAAAGGUGUACUUGUACUUUUCAAAACCGGUUCUCAACUCAUCUGCAGAAAUUCUAAAUUCUCUCCAAACAAGUCAAGGCAUGCUUCUUCCCGUUAGCGGACAAAACAUUGGGAAUCGCAGAUUUGGCUUCCAGGUCGCGAAUAUAUCUGGCAUGGCUGUAGUCACACUAAACAUUGAUUCAAACUCUAUAAUAAGCCUGCAAGGGACUCCAGUUUCUGCAAUUGCUCCAGUUUCUUUCCUGUAUGAUUCUCUGAGACCUGUUGUGAGGUUGAGUACCACAUCUUAUAUGAGGACAACAGAGCACAACAUUCCAAUUUUGAUAAAGUUCAUGAAGCCUGUAUUUGGCUUCAAUUCUUCUAAUAUAUCAAUCUCAGGAGGGUAUUUUAAAAGCUUUCAUGAAAUAAGUAGAAGCCUAUAUGCUGUGGAGUUACAAGCAGACCAUGAUAUUGUAUCUGUCAAUGUCCCUGAAAAUGUAACUGAGGAUGUUGCUGGAAACAAAAAUCUUGCUUCCAAUGUUCUACAAGUAAGGCACUAUUCAGUACCUAAAAUAUCUUCCGUGAUAUCGGAGAUUACAACUGCUUCAUUUUUGGCGACAUCUUUUGCUGCCGGGCUGCUUACGGUUUCAAUUGCAAGCCUUCACUCCACUGGGACAUUUUUACGACCAUCUUCUUUUUGUGAUCCUUCAAGAAAUCUUUUCAGAAUUGCAUGCCAUAUUCAGGUUUUUGCAUUGUCUAGAUGGUUGGUUGUGACAUUGCCAGUUGAGUAUUAUGGAUUUGCAAGGGGAUUACGAUGGAGCAUUCCCUAUUUCAGUUUUCCAUGGGAAACUGAGCGCGCUCCGCUUGUCAUGCCAGGCUCAAGUUCCCCUGCCUACUCAAAUUCCUACAUGUCUAAAAUUCAUGAUUCAGGAAGUUUCCAGAAUGUGCGAUCGAAAGAAGAGAAUUUGAGUAGGGCUGCUUCACCAUAUGGGUUGCCACUAACUCCCAUGGAAUACAGAUCAUAUUUUGAGAGCCCAAAUAUGGAACCUGAAGCUGAGUAUAUUAUGGAUCCACGUAUUUUAAAUGGGUGGAGGGAUUUUAGUAGAAGCAUGUUCUGGUUAGCCGUAAUUGGCGGCAGUUUGAUACUGCUGCAUGCUUUACUCCUUGUCAUCCUAAAAUUCAGGAAGAAAAAUUCUGAAAAGCAGAAGGGUUAUGGAGCACUCACAUUUCCAAGAUUUGAAAUAUUCCUCAUAAUUCUUUCACUACCUUGUGUUUGUGAGGCCUCUGCUGGUCUAAUUAGAGGAGGAGCGGCAUCAGGGAUUGUAGUUGGAAUUCUGCUGCUUGGUGUUGUGUCUUUUCUACUGCUGGCAUUGUUCUUGUUCCUCUCCAUAGGUAUUACAUUUGGGAAGCUACUUCAGUACAAGGAAGUUCAUCAAGAAGGACAGAGAUUUCACUGGUAUCAAGAAAUAAUCCGAGUAACUUUGGGUCCUAACAAAAGAGGCCAGUGGACAUGGAAAAACCAACCGAGCUCUAAUUACUUAAUCAUUUUAGGCCCUCUGUUUGAAGAUUUAAGAGGCCCUCCAAAAUACAUGCUGUCACAGAUUUCUGGGGGAAAUUCCAAUAUGCAUGGCGAUCGAAUCAUUGCCUCUGAUGAUGAAACUGAAGAUGCAGAAGCACCUGUUAUCCAAAAGCUUUUCGGGAUACUCCGAAUAUACUACACGCUGCUCGAGUCCAUGAGACGGGUUUCGCUAGGGAUUAUGGUCGGUGCCUACCGGGCGAACUACUGGUCUUCUAAAACUCCUACAAUAACCUUAUUAUGCAUCACCUCUUUUCAGCUCUUCUUCCUUGUUCUCAAGAAGCCAUUUAUUAAGAAAAAGGUUCAGUUGGUUGAGAUCAUUGCAGUUUCCAGUGAAGUGGGUUUAUUUGCUACUUGUUUGGUUCUCUUGGAGAAGGAAUUUUCAGACAGGAAUGAGACUAUUGUAGGGGUCUUCAUGCUUAUACUUUUCCUGGUUGGAUAUAUACCACAAAUGGUGAACCAAUGGUAUGCUUUGUAUAAAGAGACAAAGCAGCUGGACCCUGUUGAGAAAUCUUUCUUAAAGGGUUUGAAAGUAGCUGCAAUUGGAUUUCUCCUGCUUUUUAUUCCACAGAAGUUGACUGAAAAACUGGAAAGCAGGUUCCUGGUGAAUCACCAUGGGGAUGGAGAAAAUAGGGUUGCCGGUUCUUCGGUUGAAAGUAACAAGAAUGCCGAGAUUAGGAGCUUGGGCACAGCAGAUAAACCAUGGUCGAAGCAACUAAGAGAAUUGGCAAAGGCUAGCUUUAGCAAAGAAGAAAGUGGAGCUGCAAAUGAUCCCUCAACCAGUCGUACAAAAUGGAGUGGGUUUUGGAGCAGUAAAAGUAGUGAAAGCUGAUCUUUAUGUUCACCAGCUAAUUUCAAGUCAAAACCAAGAGAAGCCAUUUUUGCAUCCAAGUGAAAGUAGUCUUGCCGGAUUGGAUUUAGGUGCUGUAAAAAAAUAAAAAAUACAUAUGUGGUCCAGAUUUAAUUACACUCCCUCUUUCUUAUGAAAAACUUAAAUUGGCUUUUUCUUAUCCAUCUUCCAACAACUGCAAAGCUGGCUGCCCUGCUUUUUGAAAAUCCUUUUAGCUGGCAAUGGAAAAGGGGCGGUUGUUUAGAAUUGGAUCCAUGGGGUUGUAAUCCUUUCUCUCUUUUUUGUAACCCAUUUGUUGGGCUCAUAGUGGAAUUAUCGAAAAUUAAUUUGUGGAAAGGUUGAACUUCUUAUGUUCCAUUUACAAAACAUUCUGAAACAGUCUUAUCAUUGUUCUAUCUGU